AUGACAGAAGACGACCCUCUCAACCUCAAACAAUAUAAAAUCGAAAUAACCGAACAAAAACGAAAUUGGGUCCCAAGUUUCGGCGACGAUGAAAAGCUCAACGGCUUUUACAAAGAGCAAAAUGAGAUGAUCGAAGGGUUCCUCUCCAGUGGCGACGAAGAACGCCUCAAAGCCGAAGAUGAAGCCCAGAAUGGCGGCAAAGUAAAACUCGCCGUGCGCGCCAGCUUCGUCGUCAACUUCUGCCUCUUCGUCAUUCAACUGUACGCCGCCGUUUCUACAGGCUCCCUGGCACUCUUCGCCACCGCCGCCGACGCCUUCAUGGACCUCGUCUCGUCGAUAGUCAUGCUCGUCACAUCACGCAUGUCCUCCCGACCAAAGCCAUACAAGUACCCUGUUGGACGUCGUCGUGUUGAAACAAUGGGUGUCAUCAUGUUCUGCGCGUUAAUGACUAUUGUGGCAAUCGAGUUGAUCAUCGAAUCGGCCAAGUCGCUCGCCGGCGGAAAGACCGAGUCGGAACAGUUGAAACUUGUCCCGAUUAUAUGUGUGGGUGUUGCUAUCUUCUCGAAAUUUUGCCUGUUCCUGUAUUGCUACAGCUUGCGCCGGUACCCAGCAGCUCAUGUAUUCUAUAUUGAUCACCGCAAUGAUCUUGCUGUUAACGGGUUCGGAUUGAUCAUGUCUAUUGUUGGUGAUCGGUUCGUUUGGUACCUUGAUCCUGUUGGCGCUUGCUGCAUUGCGCUGUUGAUUUUGUUCUCUUGGACAUCGACGGCUUUUGAGAAUGUGUGGUUAAUCGUGGGGAAGUGUGCUCCACGUGAAUUUGUCAACAAGUGCAUUUAUGUUGCUUUGACUCAUGAUCAGAGGAUACAGAAGGUUGAUACGUGUCGCGCUUAUCAUUCUGGUCAGCAGCUCUAUGUCGAGGUUGAUAUUGUCAUGGACCCGGAGACUAAGCUUCGAGAAUCUCAUGAUGUAAGCCAGGCCCUGCAGCGAAAGCUGGAAGGUCUUGCGGAUGUUGAAAGGGCCUUUGUGCAUGUCGAUUAUGACUAUGAGCAUGAUAUAAACGAGGAACAUAGGCCGCUUUAUGAUUUAGGUGGAUCGGGCCACUCUAUCAGAGCUUUGAUCAAACGUUUAUGGACCAAAACCCAAAAGCAUGACCCGAAUGGAGCUGUA